AUGGACAGGUGACGUUUGUGUCAGAGCUCUCGUCCAAACCGGCCCAGAAGUUGUCAAAGUACGGUUGGUACGGCAACGUGAGGCUGCAGAGGUUUCAUAUUCCUGAAGAAACCGCCAUCGCUCGCUGGGUGUUCACCGUCACCAAAGGCCACAACUUCCACUGUGGACAGCACAACGUCACCAUCCAUAUUCAAUAUGGCGCUCCUCCAGUUAUAAACCCGACGGGGACGGUGUUUCCCAAUGCGACGCUGUGGAGCCCCUGUCUGUCCCUCAACCUGCCGGUGACAUCACACAGCUCCACGACCUUUAACCUCUCCAAUCCCGCUCCUGGUGUUUGGUUCGUCGGUGCCCACCUGCCUGAAGAUGAUGGCCGCAUUGAGCAGAAGGGCUUUCCGUCUUGCUCCUACUUCUUCCAGCCUCAGCUAUCAAUCAGGAGAUCGGUGGACACGCCUGUUUUACAGCAGGGCACAUUCCUCCAGCAGACAGCAGCUCCUGACAGACCUGCACGCCUUAAGUUGUAUGUUCCAGAGUUUGCCUCGUCUUUGUCCGUCUCUGUGGCCGACUGUUCGUCGGGGGACGCAGCAGACGGCGGAAACUGUUCGCUGGUGCUCCGGCUCGGCUCCAGCUCUCUGCAGCAGCGCCCGGUAACAGUGAACUGCUCAGGGACCGGCUGCUCCGCCACGCUCUCGAACCCGCCCUGGGACACCUGGUUACGGGUCGUCGUGGAGAGCGGCCGAGACAACCGCACUGUGACCUUUAGCAUCGUCUCAAACUACACAG